AGAGUCAGAGACUACGCGUUGUAGUUUUCUUCUGUCCGAAGCAAGAGAGAUCGGCCCAGCGUUAGAUCGACGCUGAGUACAAUGAGUCGGUUAAAUCAAAAACUCCCUAUAAAUACCCAAAAUCCCAAAAAUUCCAAUCGCAUCAAAUCCUUAAUUCCCUGAAGAAUUCUGAGAUCGUUCCGUAUCGUUUCCUUGGAUUUCCCGAAGAAUAAAUACCUCAACUUUUCCCUCGUUAUUCAGCAGAAAAUUUCUAAUCGCGUUCUUCUGAUUCGACGAGGAUUCUUUCUUUCUUUCUGGGGUUUCUUUCUUUCUGUUGAUUGAAUCAUGGGCACUUCUCAAAGCCGUGAAGACCGAAUCACCGAUUCAGAAUCGGAGUAUGACGAAGAGGAAGAAGCAGAGGAAGAAGAAUACGGCGAUGCGGAGGAUUCGAAGGGGCCUAGCUCGACAUCUUCUUCUGCUUCUGGCGCAAAACUCCGUGGACCGUCGGAUUCAUCUAUCGAUGGUAUCGAUGAGAAGUUGAAAUCCCUAAAAUUGAAGUACUCAUCAUCGGGAACGCCCAAGAUGAAAAACCCAGUUAAGCUUUAUCUCCAUGUCGGUGGGAACACGCCGAAAGCGAAAUGGAUCGUUUCGGAUAAACUGACGUCUUAUAAGUUCGUGAAAACCUCGGCGAUUGACGGUGAGAAUGUCGAUGAUUACGAUGACAGUGAGGAAUCACGUGGUGGAGGUGAGGCUUGGUGGUUUCUGGGUGUUGGGUCUAAGGUUAGGGCUAGGAUUUCGACGGAUGUGCAGCUGAAGAUGUUUGGGGAUCAACGUAGGGUUGAUUUCGUGAGCAAUGGCGUUUGGGCUUUGAAAUUCUUCUCUGAUGAAGAUUACAGGGCGUUCGUGACUCGAUUCCAGGACUGUUUGUUCGAGAACGUGUACAGGGUUAAGCCCACGGAGGAGAACAAGAUCAAAAUCUACGGUAAGGAAUUCAUUGGGUGGAUAAAUCCUGAAUCAGCAGAUGAUUCAAUGUGGGAAGAUGCCGAGGAUUCGCCACACGAAUCCAAGGUAACUCCAUCGAAGGAGAACAUUGACUCUAUCGAAGAGAUCGAGGAAGAGGCAAAUGGUGGAGUGCAGAGCUUAGCAUUGGGAGCUUUGGAUAAUUCGUUCUUGGUUAACGAUUUUGGAGUUCAGGUUUACCGGAAUUUCGAGCGUGGGAUUCACGGGAAAGGUAUUUGUGUGAGAUUCGAUGGUGGGAACUCGAAAAUUGGAUCGAGUCCGAGCUAUUCAACCCCGAAGAAAGCUCUUCUGAUGAGAGCAGAGACAAAUAUGAUGCUGAUGAGUCCAGCGAAAGAAGGAAAACCCCAUGCCACUGGUGUUAAGCAGGUCGAUAUAGAAACCGGGAAGAUAGUUACGGAAUGGAAAUUCGAGAAGGACGGUACUGAUAUCACGAUGAGAGAUAUAACGAGCGACGCAAAAGGGUCGCAGCUGGAUCCAUCGGAAUCGACGUUUUUGGGUUUAGACGACAAUAGGCUGUGCCAAUGGGACAUGAGAGACAAGGGAGGGAUCGUACAGAAGAUCGGAUCUCCGGUCUUGGAAUGGACUCAAGGGCAUCAGUUUUCUCGGGGAACUAAUUUCCAAUGCUUUGCGACGACUGGAGACGGAUCCAUUGUCGUGGGAUCGCUUGAUGGGAAGAUAAGGUUGUACUCGAAGACAUCGAUGAGGCAAGCGAAAACGGCUUUUCCUGGGCUCGGCUCACCAAUAACACACGUCGAUGUAUCGUAUGAUGGAAAAUGGGUUCUGGGAACGACGGAUACAUAUCUGAUCCUUAUAUGUACUCUUUUCACCGACAAAGAUGGGAGAACGAAAACGGGUUUUAGCGGGCGAAUGGGAAACAAAAUCCCAGCGCCGAGGCUACUGAAGUUGACACCAUUGGAUUCACACUUGGCUGGGAAAGAUAACAAGUUCCAUGGAGGCCACUUCUCAUGGGUAACAGAGAGCGGGAAGGAAGAGCGACGGAUAGUGGCAACGGUAGGGAAAUUCAGCGUGAUAUGGGACAUGGAGCGGGUGAAGAAGAGCGGGCACGAGUGUUACGGGAAGCAGCAGCAGCAGCAGCAGCAAGGCUUGAAGAGCUGUUACUGCUACAAGAUUGUGCUGAAAGAUGAAUCCAUCGUCGAGAGCAGAUUCAUGCACGACAGAUUCUCGGUUAGCGACUCUCCCGAGGCUCCCCUCGUCGUCGCCACUCCUCAGAAAGUCAGUUCCAUCAGUUUGUCGGGACGUCGGCUGUGAGAACUAAGAAGAGAGACGACACCCUUUUGCACUGUUUCUAUGUUUUGUUAAUAUACGUUUUCCUUUGAAGCUU